AUGAAGACUUCCCAGAUCGUAUUUUGUGCCCUCCUCAGCCUGACAUCGGCCCAGAAUGCCGUUGUGCAAAACCACUGUGCUGGCUCGAUCUAUGUACAGUCAUUCCCUUAUGAUGGCAGCACUCCUGGCCCUCUCACCACCAUUCCUAGUGGGGGCACUUUUUCCGAGAAAUUUAGAGCAUCUGGCUCGACUGUUAAGAUUGCCAAGACAAAGACGCUGGAUAUGCCUCUCUUUUUUGGCUAUUCGUUCUCAUCUAACCCGGACUACGCUUACUAUGAACUGAGUGCGGAGUGGGGUAAUCCCUUCGCAGCGAAUCCCAACUCUCUCAGUCCCGGUGACGGUUGUGAAGCCUUUGAUUGUGCGGCAAAUGAUGCCGCCUGCUACAGCACCCCAGCUCACAAGAAGGUCUACGGGUGCCCCCAGCCAGUCAACCUGACCGCAGACCUGUGCCAGUAA